AUGCAUAGUGAAGAUCUUACUUCUACAAUUCUGUCGUCGAAUUAUUCUGGCGCCUAUGAUCAUAAACCGUUGACAAGUGAAGAGAUUUUCCAACUCACGAAUCAACAGCAAAAUAUUAUUUAUGGUCCAACUCUCUUUGCAUUGAAGUAUCGAGUUCUUCCUUGCACUGUAAAUCCAAGUAUACAUUAUGUUGGUAGCAACUAUAAUGAUGCUUCCACAUCCAAUUCGCUUGGUCAGUUAUUGUCUUCUACACGAGGACGACAAUGGUCUUCAAAAAGCAAACAAGGAGGAAUGUAUCACUCUACGAGUGUUUUACAUUUUAUCAUCAAUGAAUAUAAAAUUGAUCCGAAUAGUUUUAUUUACGAUUGGAGUUAUGAUACAUCGGAUAAUAGUUCUCUUAUCGCCAAGGUUUAUAUUGAUUUGGGAAAUUAUCUAUCAGUGCAAUUCUAUGGUGGUUCUAUAAGUCAUGUAAAUGUAGACAAUCCCAAUGAUCUCGAACCAGAUCAGGAAGAAAAAAUCUUCCAUUGCUUUUCCACUGUUAUGAUCUUCCACGUUCCACAAACAGCAGAUCGUGCACGAACACUUCUUGGACAAAUAUCAAAAUUCAAACUAUUUCCAAUAACUGAGGCUACCUUACAAAUGGUUUGUCAUGAUGCUCAAAGUGGUUUCUACACUUCAUCCAUUCGUAUGAAACAGCCUCACAUUACUGAUCUUAAACUUCACUACGGUGACGAAUUUGAGAUUAUUCAUGAACAACUUCUCAAAACAUUACAAGAAAAAGAUUCUACUGGCAUUACUUUACUUCAUGGUCCUCCGGGUACCGGCAAAACUUACUAUUUGCGAUAUUUGAUCAAUGAAAUCAAAGAGAAAAGUUUGAUCUAUGUUCCACCUGAUCUUGUCAACUCAUUUUUAAUUGAAUUUUAA